UUGGCAUCACGUCCUCCGCUGGUCCCGCCUUCAUCUCGGAAGUGGCCCCUGAGAAAAUUCGAGGCAUGCUGGUGGGCAUCUACCAGAACAAUGUUUGCUUGGCCAUCCUGGCCGCUGCUGCAUUGAACUACACCGUCCACGAACUGUCCUGGGGAUGGCGACUAUCUCUGGGUCUUCAAGUAGCCAUGGGGUUGCUUGUGGUCCUUGGCCUUUUCUUUGUUUGCGAGACGCCGCGGUUCUUGGAAAGUGCCGGGCGCUCCACUGAGGCCUUGCAAGUCCUCACCCGGCUGCGGGGCGGAGAUCACGCAGCAGCCCAGCAUGAGCUCAAAGAGGUCCAGAGCGAGCUGGAGAAUGAGAGGCAGGCUGGCGAUGCCACGUGGUCUGAGGUCUUUACCGUGCCCUUCUACCGGAAUGUGGUAAUCAUCGGCUGCGCAAUCCAGUUCUUUCAGAUCAUGACCGGGAUCAACGCCAUUGUCAGCUUCAGUGGAACUCUUUUCAAAGCCCUGGGCCUGCAUGGCAUCGCCUUCUCCAUAAUUCCUUUUGUUUCCUUCACUGCUGGCAACGCAGUGGGUAGUUUCGGUUUGGUCGACCGCGCGGGUCGGAGGCCUCUGCUGCUUCUUGGGAUGAUGCUCAUGUGUGUGACGAUGCUUGUGGGCGGUGCAGUCGCCAUCCUCGCACAGGACCCCGAGACAGGGCACAUCGGAGAAGCUGCCGGCUUCACCAUCGUGGCGAUGAUCGUCACAUACAUGUUCUCCUUCGGCAUUUCCUGGGGCUUUGGGGCCUGGCUGUACAUAUCAGAGAUCAUGCCUUUGCGCGUGCGGGGAAAGGCUGUGGGCUUGUGCACUGCCAUGAACUGGGGGCCUGCCAACGUUUUGAGCGCCUUUCUGACACCCCAGAUGAUCUCAUCUCCCCUGGGCCCAGGAGGCACCCUGAUCUUUUUCGGCUGCGUCUGCUUGGUUGUGAUCCCCUUCGUGGCCACCUGUGUGCCAGAAACCAAGGGCAAGACGCUCGAGGAAAGCAUUACCCAGGGCUUAGCGAUUAAAGCAUGGGGAUUAUGGUUACGGGAUGACAGUCUGGGGUUCAGGGUUUCUGUUUAG